AUGUCUGUGGACGACGACGAGAUCAUCGUACUCAGCCACACCAUACCAUCCCACAAACGCAAGGCGUUCGAGCAGGAUAGGAACAAGAGGAAGAAAACGAAAAUCAUUAAUCUCACCUUCGACUCGGAGUCAGACGACAACAACGACCACGGCUUCGACUGCAUCGUAUCCAAGUCUUCCAAUCUGGAGACGGAUGCAUCCGCAUCGCGGCAUCGGGAAAGCGAACUGAGACAAGAAACUUGGAGAGCUGUCAAGGGUGGUCCCAGCAAACUUGUCAAUGAACCCAGGAAUUUGAGGCAAACCUCCUCCACUCCGGCCAUCUCUGCGACCCUCAUUAAAUCUGUGGAGAAACGGCGUGAGGGAAUUGUGUUCCGCAUCUCUGUCGACGUGGAAACGAAGCUGCUUGAAGACGGAACUCCUGCGCAUGAUGACGACCUCGCGCGAUUUCAGCCUUGGAAAGACAGGCUGGCGGCAUCCGGUAUCAAAGUGAAAAAAUUUCACUGGAUCGUCAACUACGAGCUGGAGAAACGGUUCGAGGCCGCGCGCGAAAUUCUCAGACGGAACAUGAAGGGAGAAGAACCCAAGGAACUUCACAUGUUCCAUGGCACCGCACCCAAAAACAUCGAGAGCAUUCUUAAUGGUGGCUUCAAGAUUGGCGGGGUAGGCGGUCAUGCGCACGUCAAUGGUCACUGUGAGGGCUACGGUGUCUAUCUGGCGCAAGACUUCAACCUAUCCCUGGGCCAUGCGGCGGGGGCAACGCGAAUCUUUGCCUGCAGAGUCCUGCCAGGGCGUUCAACCGACAGCAUAAAGUACUCGAACACCAUACCGCGAAGAGCCGUGUGUAGCGGAAAAUACGAGUCGUAUUCCGGGACGCCCGGCAUGCUUGUCGUGAGACAUACGGCCCUUGUUCUUCCGUGUUACAUGAUUGAAUAUGAACCUUACAAUGGCGGGCUCUAUCCCUAUGGAUUUCUGCUACCUCCGUUAAUGGGAGGUGUUUAUGGAAUCGGAGCCGCUGCUGUUGGUGCGCCUGGCCCGGGCUUAAGAGGCUGGGCUUGCGCUCCGCCCCUUCAUUAUUAG